AUGGGUUCGACAGUGGUUGGUAGGAUUUUCGGCUUAAACGAGGGAACUGUUAGAUCGAUAAAGAAAAACGAAAAUGCCAUUAGACGAGCAGUUUUCACUGGUGCCGGCUUAAAUGCGAAAUCGACUUCCUAUACUAGAUAUAUUAUGUUGGAGAAAACUGAAGAAGUGCUAAUCAUGUGGAUUGAAUGGCAUGAGCAUAUGAAAGGUUACGUCGUAGAUGGCCUAUCCAUACAAAUUAUGGCCAAGAAGAUAUUUUGCAGCGUUAAAGAAUACAUGUUGAAAUUCGUUUCGUUACCGCAAUCAGGAAAAGAACAACAAUUUUUCGCCAGUAACGGUUGGUUGAGACGAUUUUUUAAACGAUACGAUUUGGAUCACAUUAAAAUGCGUAACGCCUUACCUACUGAGAAAGUGGAUAUUGAGUUAAAUGAUGACAUUUAUGGUUUCAUUGAUCGCGUUUGCGCUUCGGAGAACAUAUGGAAUACGGAUGAUAUUGAUUAUUAUCCAAAACGUUGCCGCAUAAAGAAAGAAAGACCUAAUGAAGAAGAACUAGAAGAAGAAACUGUGGAUAUUUUUGAAACCGAGGAAGAUAGGAAAGUAUUUGACAUGCCCACUGACAUUCUCCUUAAGGAUCCCUUGCAAACGCGGUCACGAAAAUGUUUGGUGUGCAGCAGUGGCGCUGAUUCGAGCUUACGUAUAUGGGAUUAUGAAAAUAGUCGAUGCUUGGCUGCUUUUAAAGAUUUUUCGGGUCCUUCGUAUUUGGCUAAUUUCCAUCCAAAUGCCUUUAAAACGGAGGUUUUUGCUGCCGGCUCUGAUAAUAGCAUUUAUUGCUGGAAUUUUCACACAAAGGAGUUGAUCUGUAAAAUGUCUGGCCAUAUAUCACAAGUGACUGCGUUUUGUUUUGCGAAUCGGAACUCCGAUUGUGAAUUUAUGGCUAGUGUAGGACGGGAUAAAGUAUUGAUAAUUUGGCGAUUAAAUGGAACUCAGGAGAAGGUAAUACCAAUAUAUGAUGAAUUGGAAGGAGCAUUUUAUGCUAAUGAGUGUGAGGUUAUUGUAGCCGGAACCAAGGGUGAUAUAAAGCUGGUAAAGUUGAAAUCUGGUAAAAUUUCAUUACUCAACGAAAGUCGAGGAGAAUAUGAAAUUAAACAUCUACUCCGUAACGAUGUCACGCAACAAUUAGCUGCAGUAACUGUUGAUCACAACAUACUGAUAUUUGAACGGGAUGCGGAAAAUCAAAGUUUAAAUUGCAUUAAACAACUGAUUGGCUUCAACGAUGAAAUACUUGAUAUCACUUUUCUGGGAGAAAGUGAACGCUUUCUGGCCAUGGCUACGAACAUUAAGCACAUUAAACUCUAUGAUUGCGAGAAGGGAAUGAAUUGUAAAAUCAUUCCUGGCCAUACGGAUACAGUGAUGUGUUUGUCUACACCAGGCUUAAGUAAUAUGUUGCUUUCAGCUGGUAAGGACUUUGCUAUAAUAUUGUGGCAAUUGAAUAUUUUAUGCUCAUAUGACAGGUAUACCAACCAUUUAAACAAUUUACAUUUGCAACUACAUCGGAAUUUUGCAUGGGUGUAG